AUGUUGAGGGAUGGACUUGGGAAAACAAAAGACCACCUGGAGGUGAAUCUGGCAAGGGACAUGAAGGGCAAAAAGAUAUGUUUCUACAGGUAUAUCAGAAACAAAAGAAAGGAUGGGGCAAACACAGGCCUGCUGCUGGAUGGGGUAGGGGCCCUGGUGACAAAGGACACAGAAAAGGCUGAAGUAUUCAUCGCCUCAGUCUUUACUUGUAAGACUGACCUUCAGCAGUCCCAGGCCCCUGUGACCACAGGGAAAAUCUGGAGCAAGGGAGACUUACCCUCAGUGGAGGAGGACAAGGUUAGGAAGCACUUAAGCAAACUGGACAUACACAAGUCCAUGGGGCCUGAUGAAACUCACCUACAAGUGCUAAAGGAGCUGGCAAAUGUCAUUGUGAGGUCGCUCCUGAUUAUCUUUGAAAGGUUGUGGCAAACAAGAGAGGCUCCUGAGGACUGGAAAAAAGAAAAUAUCACUCCUUGACCUAAGGAGGGCAAGAAGGAGAACCCAGAGAACUACAGGUUUGUCAGCCUCACCUCAAUCCCUGGGAAGGUGAUGGAGCAACUGGUGCUGGAAACCACUUCCAGGCACACAAAGGACAAGAAGGUGAUCAGGAGUACUUAGCAUGAAUUUACAAAGGGGAAAUCAGGCUUAACCAACCUGAUGGACUUCUAUGAUGAGGUGACUGGCUUGGUAGAUAAGCGGAGAACAAUGAAAGUAGUUUGUCUUAUCUUGAUUUUUGGUAAGGCUUUUGGUGCCAUCUCCCAUGACAUCUUCAUAGACAAGCAGCUCAAGUUUGGUCUACAUAAGUGGACAGUGAGGUGGACUGAAAACUGGUUGAACUGCCAGGCUCAAAGGGUUGUCAUCAGCAGCAUGAACUCCAACCAGAGGCCAGUCACAAGUGGUGUACCCAAGUAUUGA